AUGGGGAGUGACCAGUUUCACACCGUGAUAUAUAUAUAUAUAUAUAUAUCAGGAGGCUUUGAGUUGCCGGAUUUGUUCCCUUCACAAAAAAUUGUUCAUGUAAUUAGUGGGAUGAAAGCUAAGCUAGAGAAGAUUCAUAGGAAGAUUGACAAGAUCCUGGAGAACAUCAUCCAUGAGCACAGGGAGAACCAGAUGAGUACAUCAGCAGAGCAGGAAGAUUUUGUUGACGUCCUUUUAGGCCUUCAGCAAUGUGGUAAACUUGAGUUCCCAAUCACAACCAACAACAUCAAGGCCAUCAUUCUGGAUGUAUUUUCUGCUGGAAGUGAUACUUCAUCUGUCACAACUGAGUGGGCUAUGUCAGAAAUGAUGAAAAACCCUAGAGUGCUGGAGAAGGGACAAGCAGAGGUAAGAGAAGCCUUAAAAGAGAAGAAAAAAAUCCAUGAGAAAGACCUUCGGAAUGUAAGUUACUUAAAGUCAGUGAUCAACGAAACUCUAAGGUUUCACCCUCCUGCUCCUUUGUUACUCCCAAGAGAAUGUAGAGAGCCAUGCGAAAUUAAUGGAUAUGAGAUACCCGUCAAAACCAAAGUCGUCAUAAAUGCAUGGGCCAUUGGAAGAGAUCCUGCAUAUUGGCACGAUGCAGAAAGUUUUAUACCAAAGAGGUUUGCGAGUAGUUCAAUUGAUUUUAAAGGAACUUACUUUGAAUAUAUCCCUUUUGGGGCAGGAAGGAGGAUGUGCCCAGGAGUAUCAUUUGGUUUAGCCCAUAUUGAACUUCCUCUUGCUCAACUAUUAUAUCAAUUUGAUUGGGAACUCCCAGGCAAGAUGAAACCAAAGGAUCUGGACAUGAUUGAAGCCUUUGGUUCAGUUGUCGAAAGGAAAAAUAACUUGCAUUUGAUCCCUACUUCUUUUAGUCCUUCACUUUCCCUUUGAGUCAUUAUCAUUGCGGUGGCUUUGAACCUAAAACCGAUGCUCUAAGCAAUUAGUAUUGUCUUCUUUAUAAUUAGUUAAUUAGUAGUAAUUAAGAAUGAUAAUUUGUGGGAUGGUUGGUUGGACGUUCAAGAGAAUUAAGUAUAGAUUCUC